UAAACGCCUUCCGAGCGGUCACUUGGAAUUUCUGAUGAAAAUGCUUUCGCGUGCGCUUUCUUCGUCGUUUGCGCGAGUCUCCCGUGUUAUUACUUUCACGGCUGCUUCCAAGCACACUAUUCCGGACUUACCUUAUGAUUUUAAUGCUCUGGAACCAACCAUUAGUGCUGAUAUCAUGCGGGUACACUACGAAAAACACCAUAAAACAUACGUAAACAAUUUGAAUAUCGCCGAGGAGCAGUUGGCUGAGGCAAUGCACAAAAAUGAUAUGACGAAAAUUAUAUCUCUCCAGCCUGCUCUCAGAUUUAAUGGUGGUGGGCACCUCAACCACAGCAUCUUUUGGAAGAACUUGUGUCCAAAUGGAGGUGGAGAACCGUCAGGACCACUAGCGGAAGCCAUUAAGAGGGACUUUGGGUCAUUUGAGGACUUCAAGACCAGAAUGAGCGCAAACACUGUAGCUAUACAGGGCUCUGGAUGGGGCUGGUUAGGUUUUUGUCCAGUGUCAAAGCGGCUGAGAAUUACUACAUGCGCGAAUCAGGAUCCAUUAGAAGGAACAACAGGUAUUGUUCAUUCCUUCACCAUUUCGCUAAUGUGUGAUUUUUCCCCGUUACUUAUUAUGCAUUUACUAAACCACUUGAUUAUACUAUCUUGUUUAAAACUGACUGAAUACCUAUUUGCUUACCAUUUUAACUAG